CCGUUGCAAAGCAAGAACAAAGCGAAGAGGAGUGGCCAACGAGCUGACCCAAAAUGGCUUCGAUGGGGCGUCAGUUGCCCACUGUACGGUGAUUCAUCCAAACUGCAGCUCGGUAGCGAGCGAGCUAACGAGGAACUAACUAUCCGAGGGAAGGAAACGCGCCGGUGACAGUUGAACAUGGCUGAACCUGACCAACUCAAAGGAGAGCAGGGCAUUGAAGAGAAAAUUGAACAGACGAGAGAGAGAUUCAACAACGAAUUCCUCAAAGAUUCAUCAGACAAAUAUGACCUAAGAGAUGUGGACAGACUGCAGAAGGACAACUCUAUGGUGGAGGGCUACCUGAUGUGGCGACUCUACGUUGUGGACGACGCCUUGAAAAUGAUUGAUGAGAGUUUCCAGUGGAGGAAAGAGUACGGCGUGAACGAUCUGUCGGAGAGCUCAAUUCCCAGGUGGAUGUUUGAGACCGGGGCAGUGUUCCUCCAUGGCUACGACAAAGAAGGCAACAAGCUCUUUUGGUUUAAGGUUAAACUGCAUGUGAAGGAUGCAAAAACAAUCAUCGACAAGAAAAAGUACGUGGCUUUCUGGCUGGAGCGAAAUGUCAAGAAAGAACCCGGGAUGCCCUUGACGGUCGUUUUUGACAUGUCAGAGUCUGGCCUGUCCAAUAUAGACAUGGACUUUGUGAAGUAUGUUGUAAAUUGCUUCAAAGUAUAUUAUCCCAAGUUGCUCUCCAAGAUGAUUAUUGUGGAGAUGCCCUGGAUCAUGAAUGCCGCGUGGAAGAUCGUCAAGACUUGGUUGGGUCCGGAGGCCAUCAGCAAGCUUAAAUUUGCAUCCAGAUCUGAACUGCAGUCGUACAUCGACCCAGAGUACCUCCCGCCUCACAUGGGUGGAAUGGACCUGUUCAAGUACAGCUACCCUCCUCUCCCCGACGACGACUUCCAGACGCCCAUCAGCGACAACGGACCCAUCGUCAGCGAGGACGAGAUCGAGAGCAAAGAGAGCGAGCUGGAAAGCAAAGAUGGCGUCGAGUCCAGCUUCAACUCAGAGAUUGCUGUCAAGCCCAAAAAGGUGAAUUUCCUGGAAGACAACGACAAGGGAGAGAGCCGCAGUAAAGGAGCCAGGAAACCCGUGACCACAUUUAAAGGCACCCUGUUGGACAUCAGCCCUGCAGAAGAGCUCAGUUUUGGUUGCGGAGAUACAGAGAAGAAAAGCCUCAUUAUCCUGAGCAAUGUCGCGAAAAACCCAUUGGCCUUUAAGGUCCGGACCACCGCACCGGAGAAGUACAGGGUGAAGCCGAGCAGCAGCACCUGCGAACCUGGCGCCUCGAUCGAUAUCGUGGUGUCUCUGCAUGGAGGGUCUCAGGCGUCCCCCCAGGAUCGCUUCCUGGUCAUGGCAGCGGAAAUGGACAACAUAGGAUCUCAAGAACUUGCGCAGUUCUGGAAAGAAGUACAAAAGACUAAAAUCAUGGAGCACAGGUUGCGCUGCCAUGUUAUGGAAAGCGUCAAACCAGCAGUGAGCCCGCAGAAUGAGACUGGCAAUCUUGGAAGCAACAACAAGGAUAUAAACGCAGCGCUGAUGCGAUUGGUAGCCUCCAACGCGCGGCUGGAGCAGAGGGUCAACAUGUGUAUGUCGGUCCAGAAGGUUCUGGCCUGCAUGUUUUUGUUUUUGCUGAUGAUCAACCUGUACUGCAUGCAGCUGCUGAUGACGGCCCAGCAACUUUCUUGACCACUGCACAUCUCCCAAGACCAAUCCCUUAGCCCCCCCGACCCCCUUCAGAAAAAAUAGAAAAAGGACCUUUCAGCGCCAAAUCGACGGGCACGUUUUGCGCUGCCCCUCGACAAAGAACAAAGACACUUUUAAUAACUUUGCUGCAUAUUUUUUUUUUUUUUUUUUGGUCGCUAGAAAAGAAUAUUUAUUGCAAAACAUAUGGUGGAAACAUUUAUUUUUGUGAUCAUAUUGUACAAUAUUUUAUAUGAUAAUCUAUGGCAGUUAUGAAAAUAAACAAGUAAUUUUUGCAGUGUUGGCAAAAGAUGUCACACUAGGUGGUGGAAGUAGAAGUAAAACACAAAUGUAUACAAUGUGACAUUUUUACAACUUGGCACAAUGUGAGAAAAAAUGCCCACAAAAUGUACUUCUUUAAAUUUGCAUAGUUG